CUAUUAAAGAAGCAGCAAAUACAAUUCUAAAACUAAUAAUAUGAAAAUUUUAUGGAUUUAAUGUUUAGGAGUAAAAUGAUUACACCAAACAGAACUGAAGAGAAAAUUUGUAAACUAAAUGAUUUGUCAAUAGAAAAUAUACAGUCUAAAGCUUAGAGAGACAAAAGAAUAGAAAAUACAGAAAAAAGCUAAAGCAUAAACAGAAUGCAGUAAGUAAGUUUAACAUGCAUACAUAUAGUUGGAAUCUUAGAGAAGAAAGAAAGAAUGGGUAGAACUAAUACUAAAGGAGAUAAUAGCUGAGAAUUUUCCCAAGCUGAGAAAGGUGUCAUGCUUUAAGUUAAAGAAAUGCUAUGAAUCCCAAACUGAAAUAAUACAAACAAAACUGUACCUGGUACAAAUGUUGAAAAGCAAAGGCAAAAAAAAUUUCUAAUAAUAGCCAGAGAAAAAGACAUGUUGUCUUCAAAAUAAGCAUAAGACAAAGUAAUGAUUUCUCAAGAGAAACCAUGGAAGCCAGAAAACAAUGGAUUUUGAUAUAUUAAAAGAAAAUAACUGCCAAUAUAGGAUUCUGUGACUAAGAAAAUAAUCCUUCAGGGAUGAAGGUGAAAAAAGCCAUUUUCAAAUAAAAACUAACAGAGUUUGUUACCUGCAGAUGUGUAUUAAAGGCACUACAAAAUAAUCUUAAGAAUGGAAGGAAAAUUAUUCCACAUGAAAGCUUGGAGAUGCAGGAAAACAGUGUAGACUGACAAAAUGUAAAUGUUGUGAGUAAAUCUUAAGAUGGACUGUUGAAAACAUUAAUAAUAAUUUUUAUGGAGUUGAAAAUGUGUGUAGAAUUAACUACACAAUAGUGUUAGCAUGUAAGUUAAUAUUCUCCACUAUGUUCCCCAGUGAUCCCCAACUCCUCAUAUCCAUAUUCUUGGGCACUCCUCUUCCAUGUUGUACUGAGGUUGGUCUGUGUGGCCAAUAGCAUAUAUCAGUACUCAUGGUACAUCGCUUUCGAGAUUAGGUUAUAAAAAAACACCGCGGCUUACAUCUUGGGUGCACGUGCACUCUAGCUGUCUCUCUUUCUCAUUUCUCACUCGGGGGAAUUCAACUGCAUAUGGCGAGGACACUCAGGCAGCCUAUGGAGAGGCCCACAUGGUGAGGAACUGAGAUCUCUGGCCAAUAGAGAGGAACGGAGGCCUGCAACAACCAUGUGGUUGAACAGGGUAUGUUUGUAAAGCACUGCAAAGUAGAAGUAUAUCUCACAGAAUUGAAGCUGUGUGAAAAUGGAAACAUGAACAAUGUUGUAACUCGAAGAUUUAGCAAAGCUGACACAAUAGAUACAAUUGAAAAGGAAAUAAGAAAAAUCUUCAAUAUUCCAGAUGAAAAGGAGACCAGAUUGUGGAACAAAUACAUGAGUAAUACAUUUGAACCACUGAAUAAACCAGACAGCACUAUUCAGGAUGCUGGUUUAUACCAAGGACAGGUAUUAGUGAUAGAACAGAAAAAUGAAGAUGGAACAUGGCCAAGGGGUCCUUCUACUCCUAAGUCCCCAGGUGCAUCCAAUUUUUCAACUUUACCAAAGAUCUCUCCUUCAUCUCUAUCAAAUAAUUAUAACAACAUGAACAACAGAAAUGUGAAAAACUCAAAUUACUGUCUCCCAUCAUAUACUGCUUAUAAGAACUAUGAUUAUUCAGAACCUGGAAGAAACAAUGAACAGCCAGGCCUCUGUGGCCUAAGUAACUUGGGAAAUACGUGUUUCAUGAACUCAGCUAUUCAGUGUUUGAGCAACACACCUCCACUUACUGAGUAUUUCCUCAAUGAUAAGUAUCAAGAAGAACUGAAUUUUGACAAUCCCUUAGGAAUGAGAGGUGAAAUAGCUAAAUCUUAUGCCGAACUGAUCAAGCAAAUGUGGUCUGGAAAGUUUAGCUACGUCACCCCAAGAGCCUUUAAGACACAGGUAGGACGUUUUGCACCUCAGUUCUCUGGAUAUCAGCAGCAAGACUGUCAAGAACUGUUAGCUUUCUUAUUAGAUGGAUUACAUGAGGAUUUGAAUAGAAUUAGGAAAAAACCAUAUAUACAAUUAAAAGAUGCAGAUGGAAGGCCAGAUAAGGUGGUUGCUGAAGAAGCCUGGGAAAACCAUUUAAAACGAAAUGAUUCUAUCAUAGUAGAUAUAUUUCAUGGCCUUUUCAAAUCAACUUUAGUUUGUCCUGAGUGUGCUAAGAUUUCUGUAACAUUUGAUCCUUUUUGUUACUUGACACUUCCAUUGCCCAUGAAAAAAGAACGCACCUUGGAAGUUUACUUAGUUAGAAUGGAUCCGCUUACCAAACCUAUGCAGUACAAAGUGGUUGUCCCCAAAAUUGGAAACAUAUUAGAUCUUUGUACAGCAUUGUCUGCUUUGUCAGGAAUACCUGCAGAUAAGAUGAUAGUUACUGAUAUAUACAAUCAUAGAUUUCACAGAAUAUUCGCUAUGGAUGAAAACCUUAGUAGUAUUAUGGAACGGGAUGAUAUUUAUGUGUUUGAAAUUAACAUCAAUAGGACAGAAGAUACAGAGCACGUAAUUAUUCCUGUUUGCCUAAGAGAAAAAUUCAGACACUCAAGUUAUACCCACCAUACGGGUUCUUCACUUUUUGGUCAGCCUUUUCUUAUGGCUGUACCACGAAACAAUACUGAAGACAAACUUUAUAAUCUCCUGCUCUUGAGAAUGUGCCGAUAUGUCAAAAUAUCUACUGAAACUGAAGAAACUGAAGGAUCCCUACACUGCUGUAAGGACCAAAAUAUUAAUGGGAAUGGCCCAAAUGGCAUACAUGAAGAAGGCUCACCAAGUGAAAUGGAAACAGAUGAGCCAGAUGAUGAAUCCAGCCAGGAUCAAGAACUUCCCUCAGAGAAUGAAAACAGUCAGUCUGAAGAUUCAGUUGGAGGAGAUAAUGAUUCUGAAAAUGGAUUAUGUACUGAGGACACUUGCAAAGGUCAACUCACGGGACACAAAAAACGAUUGUUUACAUUCCAGUUCAACAACUUAGGCAGUACUGAUAUCAACUACAUCAAAGAUGAUACCAGGCAUAUAAGAUUUGAUGAUAGGCAGCUUAGGCUAGAUGAAAGAUCUUUUCUUGCUUUGGAUUGGGAUCCUGAUUUGAAAAAAAGAUAUUUUGAUGAAAAUGCUGCUGAGGACUUUGAAAAACAUGAAAGUGUGGAGUAUAAACCUCCUAAAAAACCCUUUGUGAAAUUAAAAGAUUGCAUUGAACUUUUUACAACAAAAGAAAAGCUAGGUGCUGAAGAUCCCUGGUAUUGUCCGAAUUGUAAAGAACAUCAGCAAGCCACAAAGAAAUUGGAUUUAUGGUCCCUGCCUCCAGUACUUGUAGUACAUCUCAAGCGAUUUUCUUACAGUCGAUACAUGAGAGACAAGUUGGAUACCUUAGUUGAUUUUCCUGUCAAUGACUUGGAUAUGUCGGAAUUCUUAAUUAAUCCAAAUGCAGGUCCUUGCCGCUAUAAUUUGAUUGCUGUUUCCAACCACUAUGGAGGGAUGGGAGGAGGACACUAUACUGCUUUUGCAAAAAAUAAAGAUGAUGGAAAAUGGUACUAUUUUGAUGACAGUAGUGUCUCCACUGCAUCUGAAGACCAAAUUGUGUCCAAAGCAGCAUAUGUACUCUUCUACCAGAGACAAGACACUUUCAGUGGAACUGGCUUUUUUCCUCUUGACCGAGAAACUAAAGGUGCUUCAGCUGCCACUGGCAUCCCAUUAGAAAGUGAUGAAGAUAGCAAUGAUAAUGACAAUGAUAUAGAAAAUGAAAACUGUAUGCACACUAACUAAUGAAAGUCCUAGAAGCCAUAAAAGAGAGACUUUCCUGCUGGUGGUAUCUAUGGAAAUGAUGAAGUUAUCCACCACAUUAAAACAAAAGUCUGAGAUGGGGAGUUUCAGAUAACCGAAUGUAAAUCCUUUAUCAGAUUUUAACUUGUGCAGUACUUGAAGUGAAACACAAUGAAAACUUUAACAGAAAUUGUCUCUUAAUACAUUUACAGUCUUGUAUUUACAAGCUAAAUAUAUAUAGGAAAUCACAAAUAAAUCCCUUUUAAGUUUG